CAUCCAUUAUUGAUCAGUCAUUAAUGCCUCAGUAUCAUCAUCCAAGCUCCCACUUCGACCAUUAUUUAUUUUCUGCAACGUACUGGUAUCUUCAAGGAAGCGUCUAUUUUAAAAUAGCUAGCUAAGGGUGCAAAACGAGUUUCCGGAUGCAAUUGAGGACCUCUAUUGCCUCUGACCUUUUGUUUAUUGUUAUCGGUAUGCCAUUGGAUGUGAGCAUGCUACGGUAUUGUAAAUGUGAUGAUUUGUCAAAGGCACUGAGCAGGAUUGAACGUUCGAUUCGAUUCAUUCAUUCUUUGAGGUCUUGAGGUGGAGGUUGGAGCUUUCGGCGUCUUUGGAUCGCCUUUCCUCUCGCUCUUUCUUCUCCGCUCCCGGCAUAAAAUAGUCUCUUGCCUCUUCAAAACAAGAACAAAGCUUCCUAUUCUCUGUUUGGCUAUUCUUUUGCUUUGGCAAAGCAACUCCUCUUUUUCGGCAUCAUGAACCUCUCCACCGCGUCUUCCUCCAAAGUGACCAAGGCCGACGAUGACCGAUCGGUCGACAGCCUUUCCAACUCCAACAAUAGUGGUGACGAUGACGAUGAGUCCAAGCCCAACCACCACCACCGUGAUCACUCUGUGGCCGGUGAAAGCACGUGCCACGAUACCACCUCUGGUUGCUCGGAAGACGACGGCGCCAUGGCCAUUGGCAAGGAAGAAAGCGCGCAAGUCUUUCGUUUGCGCUUGCUGGUACUGCUUGCCAUUCUUUUGGCUGCCGUCGCAGUGUCCCUGGUCGUCUUCUUUUUGACCACCAACAGCGAAGUCGACGAGUUUGAAACUCAGUUUGAAGGAGCCAGCACCAAGAUCUUGACCAGCUUUGAAGAAAUCGUGGACCGCAAGCUCUCGGCCAUUGGAUCGUUGGGCUUGCAAGCCAGUUUGUUUGCGGCCAGUCAACCCAACCAGAGCUGGCCGUGCGUCACAAUCAAUGACUUUCAGAUUCGUGCCGCUGUGACCCGCGAGUUGUCGGGUGCCCUCUUUACGCGUCUCAUCCCGGUUGUGGUCGAGGAAACCAGGGAGAAAUGGGAAACCUACGCGGUCCAGAACUUUGGCUGGAUCAAGAAUGCCGAAGCCUACAACGAUGAGAACGGGCUUUCCUUCUAUAAAAAUCGUCGCCGCAGUCUCCAAGACGACGGAUACGCCAUUGGAUCCAACGAGAGCGGAAUCGACUUUAGCAGUGGCAUGGGAAACAAAAUCUAUGAGUUUGAUGAAACGUUCACUCCAGCUCCGGUUACAGGACCUGGGCCAUACUUCCCGCUCUGGCAAGAGGCGCCAACCAAUGGAAGAGACAUUAGCGGCUUUGACACCAAGGCAUACCCGGACUACAGCCCAUAUAUUGUCAAGGCGUGGGAGACUGCUGAAAUGACUAUUGGUGGUCUGGACACGGCUCCACCUGGCAAUACGACUGAUAACGACAUCUCCACCAGCUACUUUGCUCUUUUGGAGAGCGGCAAGGCCGGGAAGCAGGUCAUGUACAUGGGUGACCCAAUGUCGUCUGUUUUCUUCCCAGUCUUUGAUGACUUUAAUUCGGAGGACAGGGUUGUGGUGGCCCUGAUCCUGGCUGUCUUCAAGUGGGCUUUUUACUUUCAAAACUUGUUACCUCCGCAUUUUGCAGGGCUUGUCUUGGUGUUGGAGAACAACUGCGACGGUGCUUUCACUUACAAGGUCGUCGGAGAGAAUGUGGAAUAUCUUGGAGAGGGUGACCUACACGAGGACUUUUCAAGACGAGACGACAUGGUGCAAACGCGGGACUUUGGAAGCACCAACAAUAUCGGAGAAGACUCUGCCCUCAACGUUGCACUGAAUCAAGACAUUUGCUCUUACAAGCUGAGCGUCUACCCUGCGAAAGAGCUGGAAGACGAAUAUCUCACGUGGUUGCCUCUGAUUGUCACUCUUUCUGUUGCCAUGGUGUUUGUCCUGACGGCCAUUGUCUUUCUCAGCUUUAACCAUUACGUUGAGCGACGCCAAACACUUGUCUAUGAUCAAGCAGUGAAGAGCACCGCCAUCGUGUCAUCCCUCUUCCCCGAGGCUGUGAGAGACAGACUCAUGGGAAAUCAAUACGCAUCGGGAAAGACUCGAUUGAAAGCUUUCAUGAGUGGAAACGAAGAGGACGGAAUUGGUCAACCUAUUGCCGAUUUGUUCCCGCACUGCACUGUCUUCUUUGGCGACAUUUCCGGAUUCACUGCCUGGUCUUCAACCCGAGAUCCAGCGCACGUGUUCACUCUCCUGGAGACCAUCUAUCAGGCAUUCGAUACCAUUGCCAAAAAACGAAAUGUUUUCAAGGUAGAAACUAUUGGUGAUAGUUACGUUGCCGUCACAGGUCUCCCGAACCCGAAUGAUAAACAUGCACUGGUGAUGACUCGUUUUGCAUCUGCUUGCUUGGCAAAGUUUGGCGACUUGACCAGAAUGCUUGAGCACUCCCUGGGACCAGACACAUGUGAUCUCGGGUUGAGGAUUGGGCUUCACAGCGGACCGGUGACAGCAGGGGUGUUACGAGGAGACAGAGCUCGUUUCCAGCUCUUCGGAGACACUGUCAACACAGCAGCACGAAUGGAAAGUUCUGGAAAGCCCAAUCAGAUCCAAGUCAGUAAGGCAACGGCUGAUUUGCUCAUUGAGCUUGGAAAGGAACACUGGGUGGAACGGCGUUCGGACUUGGUCAAUGUCAAAGGCAAAGGCAUUUUGGACUCUUUCUGGCUUGAUGUGAAUGGGAAGAGCCCAUCUGGGGCAUCUCAUUCUGACGGUGCAGAUUUGCGAUUCUCUGCAGUUUCUUCUGAUGGCAGCAGUGCCCUUCAGAUGGAUGCGCGCAAAGAAGAGAGGCUGAUCAGAUGGAUGACUGAUCUGUUCUUGAAGAGAAUGGAGGCCAUCGUGGUUCGCCAAGAUCCUGAUAAGGUUGGGAAAUGUGACCCAAGCAGCCUGGUUUACCAUGUCCCAGAAGGCAAGACCAGUCUGGAUGAAGUGGCUGAGGUCAUCAAGAUGCCGCACUUUGAUGCUAAGGCCGAUGCUCGAGCUAAGAGUCGUGGUAACAUGAAGAUCCCUUUAGAUAUUGUGGACCAACUACACAAGGUGGUUACGGGCCUUGCAAGAAUGUACAAGCCAAACCCCUUCCAUAACUUUGAACAUGCUUGCCACACCGUGAUGAACGUUGACAAGUUCUUGAAUCGUAUUGUCACACCUGAUGUCGAGGAAGAAAACUUGAAAUCAGAAGGAGACCAAGCUGGUAUCGCCGCAACUGUGCAUUCGUACACUCAUGGAAUGACCGAUCCAAUCACGCUGCUGGCCAUUGUCUUUAGUGCGCUUGUGCACGAUACAGACCAUCGUGGAGUCUCGAAUGCACAGCUGGCCAAGGAAGAGGAAACAAUGGCAGCCCUCUACCACAACAAGUCCAUCGCGGAGCAGAAUUCUCUUGAUCUGGCGUGGGACCUGCUAAUGCUUGAUGAGUACUCGAAUCUGCGAGCGGCCUUGUUCGUAGAUCGCGCUGAAUUGAUGAGAUUCAGACAGGUGGUUGUGAACGUAGUGCUUGCCACGGACAUCUUCGACCCUGAAUUGAACGGCCUGCGAAAGGGCCGCUGGAAUCGAGCAUUCAACGGAGUGCAGGAUGAAAACCACAACGACUUGCGUGCCACUAUCGUGAUUGAGCACAUUAUUCAAGGUUCCGAUGUGUCACACACAAUGCAACAUUGGCAUAUCUACAGGAAAUGGAAUCAACGUCUGUUCAAGGAGAUGUGGGUUGCCUUCAAGCAAGGGCGAAUGGGGAAGUCUCCAGCAGAGUUUUGGUACAAAGGUGAACUUGGCUUCUUUGACAACUACAUCAUCCCACUUGCUAAGAAGCUGAAAGAGUGCAAUGUUUUUGGGGUCUCAAGUGAUGAGUGCUUGAACUAUGCAAUGCAUAAUCGAAGAGAAUGGGAAGCACGUGGAGUUGAAGUCACAGCGGAGAUGAUUGAAGAAAUGGAACAGAUGGAUUUUAUGCCUACACCUGAGAAGUUCCAAGACGAAGAAUAUGCAAGUCAGGUGGAUGUUUAGGUAGAAACGGUGCAUACUAAUUGUGAUAUACUGAAGAAGAGGGUAUUAUGCUACACGACCAUAUAGGACACGCUAGGCCC